CGCGGCAGCCCGAGUCCCGUCCAGGGGUGCGGGCAAAUGAAGCACAUCUGGACAGUUGCGCGACUUUGCUUGAGGGUUGUUCAUUUCCCCUUGGUUAGUUUCCGACUUAUUCAGCUUUCUCUCCUUCUGGCCGUUUAGUGGCUUAUUGCCUUCCCCAAAGAAGAAAUCCGAAGACCCAGAUUCAAAACUUUUCCCAGAGAAAUGGGACCAAGUACCUAAUCUAAUUUUCUUGAGGUUUUUAGAGCAAUCGGAACAAAACAGCCCCAUCAACAAAAGCCCAUCUCUUGUCUGGUUUUGAAUUGGCUAUUGCAACCAAGUAGCGAAGACUGAGUCGUAAAGAAACUGACAAGCUAGGUUCUGCUGUACUAGAAUACAAUGGGAAGUUUCAGAGGUCAUGCCGUCCCUGGGAGCUUUUUCCUUUUCUUUGGCUUUUGGUGGAGUGUGAAGUACAUAAUGAAAUAUGUCUGCAAAAAAAACAAGAGGACCUGUUUCCUUGGAUCCAGAGCAGGAUUUCAACGUUUGGAAAUUAUUGAGGGCCUGAUCAAAGUCUCCAUGUCUUUAAUUGGCAUGACAGCAGAACAGUUUGUUCCUGAUGGACCCCACCUGAACCUAUACAAUUAUGAAGAGAAACACUGGGAUCACCUCAUGGGUUGGCAACACUCAACCAUGUAUUUCUUCUUUGGACUCUCGGGAUUGGUUGACAUCUUGUGCUUUACCACCCAUGCACUGCCAGUUUCCUUAAGCAAGAUGAUGCUCUCAAAUGCCUUUUUUGUGGAAGGUUUUAUCUUCUAUUUCCACACGCAUGGCCGGGCCAUGCUAGACAUAUACAUCCAUCAGCUGCUUUUCCUGUCCGUCAUUGGUGCAGCAAUCUGUAUAUUCAUGGAAUUCUUCUUCCGGAGCAACAUAGUUCUAGAGCUCCUCCGAUCAAGCUUUGUCUUGCUUCAAGGAAGCUGGUUUUGGCAGAUUGGCUUUGUAUUGUAUCCUCCUAAUGGAAGCCCUGAAUGGAAUGAAGCGGAUCAUGGCAAUAUGCUGUUUCUGACCAUGUGCUUUUGCUGGCAUUAUGCAUUCACCUUUUUCAUCCUGGGUGUGAAUUAUGCUUUUAUCACCUGGUUAAUUAGAUCAAAAAUUAAGAAGACCUUUCCUUCUGACAUGAGAUUGCUGAAAAAUGUUGAACGAGACCAAGAAUCAGAAGAAGAAAUAUAAUUUCGUUAGGUAUCCCUACUUUUACAGUUAGACUUCUUACCCUUAGAUUGAUAUCCACAGACAUAGUUUAUCUAUGUUUGUGCUAUUUUUCUUGUUCUUCCUUAUGUGACUAGCCUUGUAAAGGGCAAUCUCCAAGAUAGUUUAUCUUGUCCUUUUAUACAACUGAUCCUGUAAGGGUCUCAUCAUCUUCAUCCAUCGUGCUAUAUUCUCUCACCUUGCUAAAGAAUCUACAUGUGAUAUUUUUAAGCCCAGGUGUACAUUUGGAGAAUGGUUCACUUUGCACUUUAAUCAUGGAAUUAGAGGAUUGAGUGGAUUUCCCUAAUGUUUGAUAUUGUACGUGAAAAAAAGAUGCAAGUUAUUUUUCCUUGACAUGGGCUUAGAUUAUCUGAAUUAUAACUUUUAAAUAUUUGUAACUUAUUAAAUAUAGGAUUUAGAGGAAAAAUGGUAUAGUGGGUUAUGUACUGGCCUUAUAACUUUGAACAAAGUCACUUAACCCCUGGGUGCCAUAGGAAAUUCUCUAAGGCUGUGAUAGAUAGUGCUUGGUAGAGGGAGCUUCCUUACCUGAUAGUGUCCUAUACAAAUGAAAUCACAGGUGGUCCAGGCACAAUAUGCUGUUCUUAAACUCACAAUUAAUAUGCCUUCAUGCAAAUGGGGUAAAUGUGUUUCAGAGUAGAGGCUUUGCAUCUUUCUUGCUAGUGAUCCUCCCAAUUUCUUAUCUGGAGUAGCACUUGAUCUGGACAUCUGUUGGUGGUAGCCCAGACUCAGCAAAGAUAAUAUGACAUUUCCAAAUAACAACUGUACAGGCUGAUUUGUUUAAAUUUAUAUAUGUGAUUAAAAAUAUUUAGCCUA